GGGUUACAGGGGGUUACAAGGGGUUGCAAGGGGCUACAAGGGGUUACAGGGUGCUACAAGGGGUUAAAAGGGGUUACAAGGGGUUACAAGGGGUUACAAGGGGUUACAGGGGGUUACAAGGGGUUACAAGGGGUGACAGGGGGUGACAAGGGGUUACGGGGGUUACAAUCGAUUAUAGAAACUUUUUUCUAACUAGAACGUUCCCAGAUAUUUUUUCUUAGUCCUUUUUGCAUCAAAAUCAAAGUUGAGGAAAUCUCAAAUUUUUGAUCAAAACGAUGGACUAACCCCUUUUGAAAAAUUCUAAUUUUGCGUUUUUCGUACACAGUUGUUUUUAUAGUCUUUAAAGGCUUCUUUUUUAUUUAGAACGUCAGCAAAGACUUUUUGUCCUCCAUUUUUGAUAACCACAAAACAUGAAAAAACUUCAACUUUUUGAGCAAAAUCCUGGACUAUCUCCUUUGCAAAAAUGCCAAUUUUGCCUUCUUUUUAAAUCCAUGUUUAUAUUCUCUAAGAAGCCUUGUUUUCUAACGAGAACGUCACCAAAUACUUUUUUUGGGUGUAUUUUGCAUAAAACGAAACGUUCACAAAAUUUCCAAUUUUUGACCAAAACCAUGGACUAACGCCUUCUCAAAAAUGCCAAUGUUGUGCGUUUUUGAAACCAAUGUUUUUGUUGUUCAGAAAGGCUUGUUUGCUAUAUAAAACGUGGAAAAUCGUUUUUUCACGAUUUAUUUUCACGAUCUUUGGCAUGGGAAUAACGGGGUUACAAGCGGUGAGAGGGAGUUACAGGGGGUUAGAGGGGGUUACAAGGGGUUAAAAGGGGCUACAAGGGGUUACAGGGGGUUACAAGGGGUUACAAGGGGUUACAAGGGGUUACAAGGGGUGACAGGGGGUGACAAGGGGUUACAGGGGGUUACAAUCGAUUAUAGAAACUUUUUUCUAACUAUAACGUUCCCAGAUACUUUUUCUUAGUCUAUUUUGCAUAACAAUCAAAGUUGAAGAAAUGUCAAAUUUUUGAUCAAAACGAUGGACUAACCCCUUUGGAAAAUUCCAAUUUUUGCGUUUUUCGUACACAGUUGUUUUUAUAGUCUUUAAAAGCUUCUUUUUUAUGUAGAACGUCAGCAAACAGUUUUUCUCGAUCUGUUUUUGAUCAACACAAAACAUGAAAAAACUUCAACUUUUUGACUAAAAUCAUGGACUAUCCCCUUUGCAAAAAUGCCAAUUUUGCCUUCUUUUUAAAUCCAUGUUUAUAUUGUCUAUAAAGGCUUCUUUUCUAACGAGAACGUCACCAAAUACUUUUUUUGGGUGUAUUUUGCAUAAAACGAAACGUUCAAAAAAUUUCCAAUUUUUGACCCAAACCAUGGACUAACGCCUUCUCAAAAAUGCCAAUUUUGUGGGUUUUUGAUAGCGAUGUUUUUGUUGUUCAGAUAGGCUCGUUUGCUAUAUAAAACGUGGAAAAUCGUUUUUCCCUGAUUUAUUUUCACGAUCUUUGGCAUGGGAAUAACGGGGUUACAAGGGGUUAAAGGGGGGUUACAGGGAGUUACAAGGGGUUACAGGGGGUGACAAGGGGUUACACGGGGUUACAAAGGAUUAUAGAAACUUUUUUCUAACUAGAACGUUCCCAGAUACUUUUUCUUAAUCCUUUUUGCAUCAAAAUCAAAGUCUGAGAGAUCUCAAAUUUUUGAUCAAAACGAUGGACUAACCCCUUUGGAAAAAUUCUAAUUUUGCGUUUUUCGUACACAUUUGUUUUUAUAGUGUUUAAAGGCUUCUUUUUUAUGUAGAACGUCAGCAAAAACUUUUUCUCGAUCCAUUUUUUAAAAAAACACAACAGAUGAAAAAACUUCAACUUUUUGUCCAAAAUCAUGGACUAUCCCCUUUGCAAAAAUGCCAAUUUUGCCUUCUUUUUAAAUCCAUGUUUAUAUUCUCUUGAAAGGCUUUUUUCUAACGAGAACGUCACCAAAUACUUUUUCUGGGUGUAUUUUGCAUAACACGAAACGUUCACAAAAUUUCCAAUUUUUGACCAAAACCAUGGACUAACCCCUUUGCAAAAAUGCCAAUUUUGUGGGUUUUUGAAAGCGAUGUUUUUGUUGUUCAGAAAGGCUUGUUUGCUAUAUAAAAUGUCGCAAAUCGUUUCUUCAGGAGUUAUUUUCACGAUCUAGCACAUUGGAGCUCAGGGGGUUACAAGGGGUUACAGGGGCUUGCAGGGCUUACAAGGGGUUACAAGGGGUUACAAGGGGUUACAGGGGGUUACAAGGGGUUACAAGGGAUGACAGGGGGUGACAAGGGGUUACAGGGGGUUACAAUGGAUUAUAAGAACUUUUUCUAACUAGAACGUUCCCAGAUACUUUUUCUUAGUCUAUUUAGCAUAACAAUCAAAGUUGAACAAAUCUCAAAUUUAUGAUCAAAACGAUGGACUAACCCCUUUGGAAAAAUUCUAAUUUUGCGUUUUUCGUACACAGUUGUUUUUAUAGUCUUUACAGGCUUCUUUUUUAUGUAGACCGUCAGCAAACACUUUUUCUCGAUCCAUUUUUGACAAACACAAACGAUGAAAAAGCUUCAACUUUUUUACUUACAUCAUGGACUAUCCCCGUUGCAAAAAUGCCAAUUUUGCCUUCUUUUUAAAUCCAUGUUUAUAUUGUCUAGAAAGGCUUCUUUUCUAACGAGAACGUCACCAAAUACUUUUUCUGGGUGUAUUUUACAUAAAACGAAACCUUCACAAAAUUUCCAAUUUUUGACCAAAACCAUGGACUAACUCCUUCGCAAAAAUGCCAUUUUUGUGCGUUUUUGAAACCGAUGUUUUUGUUGUUCAGAAAGGCUUGUUUGCUAUAUAAAAUGUCGAAAAUCGUCUUUCCACGAUUUAUUUUCACGAUCUUUGGCAUGGGAAUAACGGGGUUACAAGCAGUGAGAGGGAGUUACAGGGGGUUACAGGGGGUUACAAGGGGUUAAAAGGGGCUAAAAGGGGUUACAGGGGGUUACAAGGGGUUACAGGGGGUUACAAGGGGUUACAAGGGGUGACAGGGGGUGACAAGGGGUUACGGGGGUUACAAUCGAUUAUAGAAACUUUUUUCUAACUAGAACGUUCCCAGAUACUUUUUCUUAGUCUAUUUUUCAUAACAAUCAAAGUUGAAGAAAUCUCAAAAUUUUGAUCAAAACGAUGGACUAACCCCUUUGGAAAAUUCCAAUUUUUGCGUUUUUCGUACACAGUUGUUUUUAUAGUCUUUAAAAGCUUCUUUUUUAUCUAGAACGUCAGCAAACAGUUUCUCUAGAUCUGUUUUUGAUCAACACAAAACAUGAAAAAACUUCAACUUUUUGACCAAAAUCAUGGACUAUCCCUUUUGCAAAAAUACCAAUUUUGCCUUCUUUUUAAAUCCAUGUUUAUAUUCUCUAGGAAGGAUUGUUUUCUAACGAGAACGUCACCAAAUACUUUUUUUGGGUGUAUUUUGCAUAAAACGAAACGUUCACAAAAUUUCCAAUUUUUGACCAAAACCAUGGACUAACGCCUUCUCAAAAAUGCCAAUUUUGUGCGUUUUUGAAACCAAUGUUUUUGUUGUUCAGAAAGGCUUGUUUGCUAUAUAAAACGUGGAAAAUCGUUUUUUCACGAUUUAUUUUCACGAUCUUUGGCAUGGGAAUAACGCGGUUACAAGCGGUGAGAGGGAGUUACAGGGGGUUAGAAGGGGUUACAAGGGGUUAAAAGGGGCUACAAGGGGUUACAGGGGGUUACAAGGGGUUACAAGUGGUUACAAGGGGUUACAAGAGGUUACAAGGGGUUACAAGGGGUGACAGGGGGUGACAAGGGGUUACAGGGGGUUACAAUCGAUUAUAGAAACUUUUUUCUAACUAGAACGUUCCCAGAUACUUUUUCUUAGUCUAUUUUGCAUAACAAUCAAAGUUGAAGAAAUGUCAAAAUUUUGAUCAAAACGAUGGACUAACCCCUUUGGAAAAUUCCAAUUUUUGCGUUUUUCGUACACAGUUGUUUUUAUAGUCUUUAAAAGCUUCUUUUUUAUCUAGAACGUCAGCAAACAGUUUUUCUCGAUCUGUUUUUGAUCAACACAAAAGAUGAAAAAACUUCAACUUUUUGACUAAAAUCAUGGACUAUCCCCUUUGCAAAAAUGCCAAUUUUGCCUUCUUUUUAAAUCCAUGUUUAUAUUGUCUAGAAAGGCUUCUUUUCUAACGAGAACGUCACCAAAUACUUUUUUUGGGUGUAUUUUGCAUAAAACGAAACGUUCAAAAAAAUUUCCAAUUUUUGACCAAAACCAUGGACUAACGCCUUCUCAAAAAUGCCAAUUUUGUGCGUUUUUUAAAGCGAUGUUUUUGUUGUUCAGAUAGGCUCGUUUGCUAUAUAAAACGUGGAAAAUCGUUUUUCCACGAUUUAUUUUCACGAUCUUUGGCAUGGGAAUAACGGGGUUACAAGGGGUUAAAGGGGGGUUACAGGGAGUUACAAGGGGUUACAAGGGGUUACAAGGGGUUACAGGGGGUUACAGGGGGUUACAAGGGGCUACAAGGGGUUACAGGGGGUUACAGGUUGGUACAAGGGGUUACAAGGGGUUACAAGGGGUUACAAGGGGUGACAGGGGGUGACAAGGGGUUACAGGGGGUUACAAAGGGUUAUAGAAACUUUUCUCUAACUAGAACGUUCCCAGAUACUUUUUCUUAGUCCUUUUUGCAUCAAAAUCAAAGUUAAAGAAAUUUCAAAUUUUUGCUCAAAACGAUAGACUAAUCCCUUUGGAAAAAUUCCAAUUUUGCGUUUUUCGUACACAGUUGUUUUUAUAGUCUUUAAAGGCUUCUUUUUUAUCUAGAACGUCAGCAAAAACUUUUUCUCAUCCAUUUUUGAUAAACACAAAAGAUGAAAAAACUUCAUCUUUUUGACCAAAAUCAUGGACUAUCCCCUUUGCAAAAAUGCCAAUUUUGCCUUCUUUUUAAAUCCAUGUUUAUAUUCUCUAGGAAGGCUUGUUUUCUAACGAGAACGUCACCAAAUACUUUUUCUGGGUGUAUUUUGCUUAAAACGAAACGUUCGCGAAAUUUCCAAUUUUUGACCAAAACCAUGGACUAACCCCUUUGCAAAAAUGCAAAGUGGCUUUUUGAAAGCGAUGUUUUUGUGUUCAGAAAAGCUUGUUUAGUAUCUAAAACGUGGAAAAUCGUUUUUCCCCGAUUUAUUUUCACGAUCUAUGACGUGGGAAUAGAGUGGGUUACAACGGGUUACAAGGGGUUACAGGGGGUUACAGAGGUUACAAGGGGUAACAAGGGGUUACAGGUUGGUUACAAGGGGUUACAAGUGGUCACAGGGGAGGACAACGGGUUAAAGGGGGUUACAAAGGAUUAUAAAAACUUUUUUCUAACUAGAACGUUCCCAGAUACUUUUUCUUAGUCUAUUUUGCAUCAAAAUGAAAGUUGAAGAAAUCUCAAAUUUCUGAUCAAAACGAUGGACUAACCCCUUUGGAAAAAUUCUAAUUUUGCGUUUUUCGUACACAGUUGUUUUUAUAGUCUUUAAAGGCUUUUUUUGUAUCUAAAACGUCAGAAAACACUUUUUCUCGAUCCAUUUUUGAUAAACACAAAAGAUGAAAAAUCUUUAACUUUUUGACCAAACCAUAGACUAACCCCUUUGCAAAAAUGCCAAUUUUGUGGGUUUUUGAAAGCCUUGUUUUUGUGGUUCAGAAAGGCUUGUUUGCUAUAUAAAACGUCGAAAAUCGUUCCUUCACGAUUUAUUUUCACGAUCUAUGACAUGGGAAUACAGGGGGUUUCAAGGGGUUACAGGAGGUUACAGGGGGUUACAAGGGGUUACAAGGGGUUACAAGGGGUGACAGGGGGUUACAAGGGGUUACAAGGGAUGACAGGGGGUGACAAAGGAUUACAGGAGGUUAGAAUGGAUUAUAGAAACUUUUUUCUAACUAGAACGUUCCCAGAUACUUUUUCUUAGUCUAUUGGCUUGUUUGCUAUAUAAAACGUCGAAAAUCGUUUUUCCACGAUUUAUUUUCACGAUCUUUGGCAUGGGAAUAACGGGGUUACAAGGGGUUACAGGGGGUUACAGGGGGUUACAGGGGGUUACAAGGGGUUAGAAGGCGCUACAGGGGGUUACAGUGGGUUCCAAGGGGUUACAAGGGAUUACAGGGGUUUACAAGGGGUUAUAAGGGGUGACAGGGGGUGACAAGGGGUUACAGAGGGUUACAAAGGAUUAUAGCAACUUUUUUUUAACUAGAACGUUCCCAGAUACUUUCUGUUAGUCCUUUUUGCAUAAAAAUCAAAUUUGAAGAAAUCUCAAAUUUUUGAUCAAAACGAUGGACUAACCCCUUUGGAAAAAUUCCAAUUUUGUGUUUUUCGUGCACAGUUGUUUUUAUAGUCUUUAAAGGCUUCUUUUUUAUCUAGAACGUCAGCAAACACUUUUUCUAGAUUCAUUUUUGAUAAACACAAAAGUUAAAAAAAACUUCAACUUUCUGACCAAAAUCUUGGACUAUGCCCUUUGCAAAAAUGCCAAUUUUGCUUUCUUCUUAAAUUCAUGUUUAUAUUGUCUAAAAAGGCCUGUUUUCUAACGACAACGUCACCAAAUACUUUUUUUGGGUGUAUUUUGCAUAAAACGAAACGUUCACAAAAUUUCAAAUUUUUUACCAAAACCAUGGACUAACCCUUUUGCAAAAAUGCUAAUUUUGUGGGUUUUUGAAAGCGAUGUUUUUGUUGUUCAGAAAGGUUUGUUUGCUAUAUAAAACGUCGAAAAUCGUUUUUUCACGGUUUUUUUUUGACGAUCUAUGACAUGGGAAUAACGGGGUUACAAGGGGUUACAAGGGGUUACAGGGAGUUACAAGGGGGUACAAGGGGUUACAGGAGGUUAGAAGGGGUUACAAGGGAUCACAGGGGGCGAGAAGGGGUUACAGGGGAUUACAAAGGAUUAUAAGAACUUUUUUCUAACUAGAACGUUCCCAGAUACUUUUUCUUAGUCUAUUUUGCAUAAAAGUCAAAGUUGGAGAGAUCUCAAAUUUUUGAUCAAAACGAUGGACUAACCCCUUUGGAAAAAUUCCAAUUUUGCGUUUUUCGAACACAGUUGUUUUUAUAGUGUUUAAAGGCUUCUUUUUUAUGUAGAACGUCAGCAAAAACUUUUUCUCGAUCCAUUUUUGAUAAACACAAAAGAGGAAAAAACUUCAACUUUUUGUCCAAAAUCAUGGACUAUCUAUCCCCUUUGCAAAAAUGCCAAUUUUGCCUUCUUUUUAAAUCCAUGUUUAUAUUCUCUAGAAAGGCUUGUUUUCGAACGAGAACGUCACCAAAUACUUUUUCUGGGUGUAUUUUGCAUAAAACGAAACGUUCACAAAAUUUCCAAUUUUUGACCAAAACCAUGGACUAACCCUUUUGCAAAAAUGCCAAUUUUGUUCGUUUUUGAAACCGAUGUUUUUGAUGUUCAGCAAGGCUUGUUUGGUUUAUAAAAUCUGCGAAAUAGUUUUUAAACGAUUCAUUUUCUCGAUCUAUGACAUGGAAAUACAGGGGGUUACAAGGGGUUACAGGGGGUUACGGGGGAUUACAAGGGGUUACAAGGGGUUACAAGGGGUUACAGGGGGUUACAAGGGGUUACAAGGGGUUACAGAAGGUUACAAGGGGUUACAAGGGAUGACAGGGGGUGACAAGGGGUUACAGGGGGUUACAAAGGAUUAUAAGAACUUUUUUCUAACUAGAACGUUCCCAGAUACUUUUCCUUAGUCUAUUUUGCAUAAAAAUCCAAGUUGAAGAAAUCUCAAAUUUUUGAUCAAAACGAUGGACUAACCCCUUUGGAAAUAUUCUGAUUUUGCGUUUUUCGUACACAGUUGUUUUUAUAGUCUUUAAACGCUUGUUUUUUAUUUAGAACAUCAGCCAACACUUUUUCUCGAUCCAUUUUUGAUAAACGCAAAAGAUGAAAAAACUUCAACUUUUUGACCAAAAUCAUGGAGUAACCCCUUUGCAAAAAUGCCAAUUUUGUGGGUUUUUGAAAGCGAUGUUUUUGUUGCUCAGAAAGGCUUGUUUGCUAUAUAAAACGUCGAAAAUCGUUUCUUCACGAUUUGGUUUCACGAUCUAUGACAUGGGAAUAAGGGGGUUUCAAGGGGUUACAGAUGGUUACAGGGGGUUACAGCGGGUUACAAGGGGUUACUAGGGGUUACAAGAAAUGACAGGGGGUGACAGUGGGUUACAGGGGGUUGCAAUGGAUUAUAGAAACUUUUUUCUAACUAGAACGUUCCCAGAUACUUUUUGUUAGUCUAUUUUGCAUAAAAAUCCAAGUUGAAGAAAUCUCAAAUUUUGGUGAAAACGAUGGACUAACCUCUUUGGAAAAAUUCUGAUUUUGCGUUUUUCGUACACACUUGUUUUUAUAGACUUUAAAGGCUUCUUUUUUAUCUAGAACGUCAGCAAACACUUUUUCUCGAUGCAUUUUUGAUAAACACAAAAGAUGAAAAAACUUCAACUUUUUGACCAAAAUCAUGGAGUAUCCCCUUUCCAAAAAUGCCAAUUUUGUGGGUUUUUGAAAACGAUGUUUUUGUUGUUCAGAAAGGUUUGUUUGCUAUAUCAAACGUCGAAAAUCGUUUUUUCACAAUUUAUUUUCACGAUCUAUCACAUGCGUAUACAGGGUGUUACAAGGGGUUACAGGGGGUUACAAGGGGUUACGAUGGGUUACAGGGGGUUACAAGGGGUAACAAGGGGUGACAGGGGGUGACAAGGGGUUACAGGGGGUUACAAUGGAUUAUAGAAACUUUUUUCUAACUAGAAUGUUCCCAGAUACUUUUUCUUAGUUUAUUUUGCAAAAAAAUCAAAGUUGGAGAAAUCUCAAAUUAUUGAUCAAAACGAUGGACAAACCCGUUUGGAAAAAUUCCAAUUUUGCGUUUUUCGUACACAGUUGUUUUUAUAGUCUUUAAAGGCUUCUUUUUUAUCUAGAACGUCAGCAAAAACUUUUUCUGAUCCAUUUUUGAUAAGCACAAAAGAUGAAAAAACUUCAACUUUUUGACCAAAUUCAUGGACUAUCCCCUUUGCAAAAAUGCCAAUUUUGCCUUCUCUUUAAAUCCAUAUUUAUAUUCUCUAGGAAGGCUUGUUUUCUAACGACAACGUCACCAAAUACUUUUUCUGGGUGUAUUUUGCAUAAAACGAAACCUUCACAAAAUUUGCAAUUUUUGACCCAAACCAUGGACUAACCCGUUUGCAAAAAUGCCAAUUUUGUGGGUUUUUGAAAGCGAUGUUUGUGCUGUUCAGAAAGGCUUGUUUCCUAGAUAAAGCGCCAAAAAUUCUUUUUUCCACCAUUUAUUUUCACGAUCUAUGACAUGGGAAUACAGGGGGUUAAAAGGGGUUACAGGGGGUUACAAGGGUUUGCAAGCGGUUACAAGGGGUUACAAGGGGUGACAGGGGGUGACAAGGGGUUACAGGGGGUUACAAAGGAUUAUAGAAACUUUUUUCUAACUAGAACGUUCCCAGAUACUUUUUCUUAGUCUAUUUUGCAUCAAAAGCAAAGUUGAAGAAAUAUCAAAUUUUUGAUCAAAACGAUGCACUAACCCCUUUGGAAAAAUUCUAAUUUUGCGUUUUUCGUACACAGUUGUUUUUAUAGUUUUUAAAGGCUUCUUUUUUAUCUAGAAAGUCAGCAAACACUUUUUCUCGAUCCAUUUUUGAUAAACACAAAACAUGAAAAAACUGCAACUUUUUGACCAAAAUCAAGAACUAUCCCCUUUGCAAAAAUGCCAAUUUUGCCUUCUUUUUAAAUCCAUGUUUAUAUUCUCUAGAAAGGCUUGUUCUCUAACGAAAACGUCACCAAAUACUUUUUUUGGGUGUAUUUUGCAUAAAACGAAACGUUCACAAGAUUUCCAAUUUUUGACCAAAACCAUGGACUAACCCGUUUGCAAAAAUGCCAAUUUUGUGGGUUUUUGAAAGCGAUGUUUGUGUUGUUCAGAAAGGCUUGUUUGCUAUAUAAAGCGCCAAAAAUUCUUUUUUCCACCAUUUAUUUUCACGAUCUAUGGCAUGGGAAUACAGGGGGUUACAAGGGGUUACAGGGGGUUACAAGGGUUUGCAAGCGGUUACAAGGGGUUACAAGGGGUGACAGGGGGUGACAAGGGGUUACAGGGGGUUACAAAGGAUUAUAGAAAUUUUUUUCUAACUAGGAGAUACCCAGAUACUUUUUCUCAGUCUAUUUUGCAUAAAAAUCAGAGUUGAAGAAAUCUCAAAUUUUUGAUCAAAACGAUGGACUAACCCCUUUGGAAAAAUUCUAAUUUUGCGUUUUUCGAACAGAGUUGUUUUUAUAGUCUUUAAAGGCUUCUUUUUUAUCUAGAACGUCACCAAACACUUUUUCUCGAUCUAUAUUUGAUAAACACAAAAGAUAAAAAAAACUUCCACUUUUUGACCUAAAUCAUGGACUAUCCCCUUUGCAAAAAUGCCAAUUUUUGGCGUUUUUGAAACCGAUGUUUUUGUUGGUUCAGUAGGGCUUGUUUCCUAUAUAAAACGUCGAAAAUCGUUUUUUCACAAUUUAUUUUAACGAUCUAUGACAUGGGAAUACAGAGGGUUACAAGGGGCUACCGGGGGUUAAAGGGGGUUGCAAGGGGUUACAAUGGGUUACAGGGGUUUACAAGGGGUUACAAGGGGUUACAGGGGGUUACAAGGGGUUACAAGGGGCGACAUGGGGUGACAAGGGGUUACAGGGGGUUACAAUGGAUUAUAGAAACUUUUUUCUAACUAGAACGUUCCCAGAUACUUUUUCUUAGUCUAUUUUGCUAAAAAAUCAAAGUUGGAGAAAUCUCAAAUUUUUUAUCAAAACGAUGGACUAACCCCUUUGGAAAAAUUCUAAUUUUGCGUUUUUCGUACACAGUUGUUUUUAUAGAACGUCAGCAAACACUUUUUCUCGAUCCAUUAUUGAUAAACAAAAAAGAUGAAAAAUCUUCAACUUUUUGACCAAAAUCAUGGACUAUCCCCUUUGCAAAAAUGCCAAUUUUGCCUUCUUUUUAAAUCCAUGUUUAUAUUGUCUAGAAAGGCUUGUUUUCUAACGAGAACGUCACCAAAUACUUUUUCUGGGUGUAUUUUGCAUAAAAGGAAACGUUCACAAAAUUUCCUAUUUUUGACCAAAACCAUGGACUAACCCCUUUGCAAAAAUGCCGAUUUUUUUGCGUUUUUCAAACCGAUAUUUUUGUUCAUCAGAAAGGCUUGUUUGCUAUAUAAAACGUCGAAAAUCGUUUUUUCACGAUUUAUUUUCACGAUCUAUGACAUGGGAAUAAAGGGGGUCACAAGGGGUUACAGGGGGUUACAAGGGGUUACAAGGGGUUACAAGGGGUUACAGGGGGUGACAAGGGGUCACAGGGGGUUACAAAGGAUUAUAGAAACUUUUUUCUAA